AUGUUUGCUGUCGUGUGUAUACACGUGCGCUCGUCUUCAUCCAUAAUCUUGUUUACUCAACUCUUACAAAUACUCUCUUUCCGUCUCCCCGCCCUUCUCCUUGCUGCGCUCUGGCUUUUAACCGUCACGGUAGUUGUCUUUUGUUCAAAAUGCCCCCUCUUCUCCUGCCCAGAUGUCAUGCUGACAUUGCUCGAUAGUGCUUUGUGUGUCAGAUACCCUUGGCUUAGUGCUGGGCUGGCCGAGAAGUUGAGCCACCCUUCGCUCGACGACCGCAGAACAACAGUAGGGAGACUUUUGUUCGCGUUCCCGACUGACCUCGGACCCCGCCCUCUUAUUCGCACACACAUUCGAAUACACACGAGCAGACCCCCUAAGAACCGAACACAGAGUUCUCUCCCAAACUGUGGUAAUCCUCCUCAAAUGUCGCACACAAGACUACCCUUACAUCCUUGA